UCCGGAUUGGCUGGUCGCUCGCGGCCAGUGAGGAGCUGGGAUGCUAGCAGGUUCCUGGAUAGACAGCGGCUGAGGAGGCCGCCAACCGGAGCGAGCGAGCUAAGGGAGAGUCAUUGGUGUUGUCAGACAUGGCAGAGGAUAUUCAGUCCCCAGUAGUAUUUCAGCAUCAGUACAUGUGUUCAGAGUGUGGCCUCUUAUACAACACUUUGGAGGAUGUCUUGCUCCAUCAACAGAACCACAUCGGUGGGGGGAUGCAAGCAGAGGUGUCCCAGGAUGUUUCUGUGGAGUUGGGAGAGUUGCAGAGCUUUGUACAAGACAGCCAGUACCAGUGUCUGGAGUGUGGGCAAGUCCUUGUAUCACCAGAUGAAUUGCUACAUCAUCAGGAGAUGCACAUGAGAGAGCUGCCUCAGACUCCUGCCUCCCCAUCCACAAUAGCAAGCAGCCAAAUACACUAUCAAUGCAGUGAAUGCAAGGAGCUGUUUGUUUCCCCUGAACUGUGGCUUUCUCAUCGGCAGAAGCAUGAAAUUCAAGAAGAACCACCUCAACAAAGUGUGGUUCUGCAGACUGGCUCCGGCAUUCAAGCCUUACUCAAUCUUCAGAAUGUUCUUUUGGAUGAGAGAACUUUAAAUGGCUGGGGGGUAGAAAUGUCAGCUGUAGUAGGGAGCACAGAGAAUGCACCAGUGUCUAUAGCUAGCACACAUCCACCAACCGCAUCUGAAAUUCAGGACCAACUUGUACAGUUUACUGAGAUGCACCCAUAUGAGUGCUCGGAGUGCAAUCAGGUGUUUCACACGCCUGAGGAAUUUCUUGACCACCAAGGCCGGCAUUUUAUGGAGUCUGAAAAGGAAAGUGGAGCGUCCCCUUCUCAUGGAAAUAUUGACAACUUGCCUCCAUCACCUGCUGUUCUGGAGAGAUUGCGCAAAGACUGGAUGCAAGAUGAGCGUGAAGAAGGUUUGAAGGAUGUGUUGGAAACUGUGCAUCAGCGUUCUCGUUUCCGGUGCCAUGAGUGUAAGAAAUAUUGUGACAAUGCUGACGAUUUGUGGAAACACCGGAAGGAGCAUCAGACCAAAGAUUUUCCAUGUCCAGACUGUGAUCGUCUCUUCACCACCGCAAACCGUCUUCAGUCCCACAGACGUGUUCAUGUAGAAGGCACAUUGCAAUGUCCCAACUGUUACAAAAUGUUUAAAAAACAGGCUUCUCUGGAGCAGCACAUGAGAGUGCAUCGUGGUGAGACUCUGUUCUUGUGUGUGGACUGUGGUCUUGGAUUUGGCACAGAGAUUACUCUUGUUCUACAUAGAAAAAAUCACAUUGCAGAUCCACUGCAUCACUGCCACUGUGGCAAAAGCUUCAGCAAUAUGACCAAAUUUUUAUAUCACCGCAGGACGCAUGCUGGUAAGAGUGGAGUCCCUGCUUCUAAAUCUGAGAAACAAACUGACACUGGCAAAGACAAGCCUGCUAUGGUUCUGAAUUCGGCAGCCCCUGCCCUACCUGGACCCCCACCAUCUGCUAUUAUUCCUGCAGUAGGGGAUGCUCCUCUAGUUAAAAGUCUACCAAGUGAUUCAGGUAACCCUGGACCUCAAGAAAAUGGGUUCAGUAAACACAAUGCAACAGGAGAGCGAAACCCAGAGGCAGUAGGUUCACCUCUAAGCUUCCAGUGCCCACAUUGCACCAAGGCUUUUUCCUCUCGUUUGAGAAUGGUUUGUCAUAAGCGUAUUGUACAUGUCAUGGAAAGGAAACACAAAUGUAGUGUGUGUGGAAAAAAGUUUAAGAAGCAGGUGCACGUGCGAAAUCACAUGCGCACACAUACAGGUGAACGGCCUUUUCAGUGCACUGACUGCGGCAAGACUUUUGGCUCCCUGGCAAAUCUAACCAGGCAUCACCUUAUCCACACGGGAGAGAAGCCAUACAGUUGUGAGCUGUGUGGUCGUAGCUUUACACAGAGCUCCAAUCUGCAACAACAUCGUGCCUUGCAUAACGGGGCCAGCCUGCUGCCCUGUGAGAUUUGUGGAAUGAAAUUUAACAAGGCCAACAAACUAGCCUUGCACAUGUACGGCCACACAAGGGUUUUGCCCUACAAGUGCCUAGACUGUGAUAAGUCCUUUUUGCGGAAAAAGUUAAUGGAAUUGCACAAGCUUGAGCAUGAGGGUAAAGAACCAUUCCACUGCCAGGAUUGUGGUGUACAUUUUGCACUGGAAUCACAACUUUCAAAACACAAAUGCAGCAGGCAAAGGCGGCACAUUUGCCCUACCUGCGGGAAAAUUCUUAAUUGCAAAACCAGUUUGAAUCUCCAUCUGCUGACUCAUGGCGCACAGCGACCUUAUAAGUGCCAGAUCUGCAGCAAACAUUUUGCCAGUCAGAGUGGUGUCACACGGCACCAACAACAGCACUCCGGGGUGCGUCCUUAUAAAUGCAGUGUGUGCAGCAAAGCUUUUAUGGAAUCUUCCACGCUGCAGCUCCAUCAGCGCAUUCACACGGGAGAACGCCCAUUCCCCUGUUCGGACUGUGGAAAAGCUUUCCGGCAAGCAACCCACCUUCGGGAACACAGGCGGAUACAUACGGGUGAAAGACCUUACAGUUGUGAAGACUGUGGUAAGACAUUUGUUCAGGCUGUGCACUUGUCAGACCAUAAGCAUGUUCACAGCGGAGAGAGGCCGCACUCCUGCGCUGAAUGUGGCAAAAGGUUCAAGUCACUUUCCAAUUUGCGCUAUCACCGGAAAACACACAAGGGUCAGGAGAUCCAGCCAACUCAGCCACAGCAGACUAUAAUGUGUACAGAGAUGGGAGAGACUAUUGCAAUUAUAGAGAGUGUGGAACCCCUACCUCUUGCAGAGACCAUUGAAAUCUACAAAGCCGCUCUAGAGGGAAAUCUCCAGGUGAAAGAUAUUACUGUAUCCGAAACGAUACAGCAUAUUUAGCCACAAUUUUCAGCCACUGUAAAUAAAGUUUUUCUUUUUU